AUCCGCUCAAAAUCUAACUUUCAAUUGACCAACCAAACCUACCCCCACCCCUUUUAUUUUCUCCCAUACGCAUCGCAACCACACUCCUUGUCUCACCAAAAAACGUUGACACUUCACAUCUUUCCUGCGCUCUCUAACUCUUCAAGCUUUUUCUGGCUUGAAGAGCUUCAGAUCUUCUUCGUACUUGCUUGAUUUUGCUUGUUAGCAACCACCAUUUUUUGCUUCUCUCGGCGUGUCUAAAUGGGUGCCAAAAAGGUCUUUACUUUGGCCGAGGUCUCCGAGCACAACCACAACAAGGACUGCUGGCUUAUCAUCGGCGGCAAGGUAUAUGAUGUGACAAAAUUCUUGGAAGAUCAUCCAGGUGGUGAUGACGUUUUGUUGUCAGCAACGGGAAAGGAUGCAACUGAUGACUUUGAGGAUAUUGGCCACAGCAGCAGUGCCCGGGCAAUGUUGGAUGAGUUUUUAGUGGGUGAUAUUGAUUCUUCAACCAUUCCCGCCAAUACCAAGUACACACCGCCCAAGCAGCCUCACUACAACCAGGACAAAACGCCAGAGUUCCUCGUCAAGCUCUUGCAAUUCCUAGUUCCUUUGAUUAUUCUGGGUGUCGCGGUUGCCAUCCGUUUCUACACAAAGCAAUCAGCUUAAACACUUGCACUGCUAGGAAUCUGAAUAAGAGUUUACUCCAUUCAUUAGCUCCCCCUUUCCCCCUAUUCAAUACCCAAAAUUACUUUGUUUUUAUCGAAUCCGCUCAAUCAUGGUUUGUUUUGUCGUAAUGAAUACACAUGUUUUGUGACUUCAAUUAUGGUUUUGGGUGUGUCUGUUGCUGUACCUGUUGUUUUCAUUGAUUUUGCACUAAGUUUAUUCAUAGUUAGUGGGUCAUUCUUGAUGUUUA